GGCCGGCCACCGCCAACCACCACUUUUCAUUGUGCAAAGGGCAUUUUCUCCGUGCGAUUUUAAUUUAAUUUAUUUUCCCCUGCAGUCCGAGUGCAAUUAAUAUAAUCCACCAUGGGCAAGGAUAGAGCCGAAAAGAAGGAGAAGCGCGAGAAGAAGGAGAAGCGCGCCGAGAAGGACGGAGUGCACAAGAGCAAGAAGGACAAGAAGGAAAAGAAGGACAAGGCGGCGCUGGCCGACGCGGUCGAGAAGGAGCUCACCACGCAGGUGCUGGAGGGCCUUGAGCAGGCUGUUGCUGCCGUGCCGGUUGCCAGCGUCAAUGGCGAGAUCGAGGUGGACGUGAUGGAGGUCGAGGGCCGGCCGGUGGGCGCUCUGGUGCCGUUUGCGAGCCCUCUGGUUGAGGACAAGAACGCCAAGAAGGUGUUGAAGAGUGUUAAGAAGGCUGCCGUCAACAAAUCUCUCAAGCGCGGCGUCAAGGAGGUCGUCAAGGCGCUCCGCAAAUCUCCCAUCCCCGCCGCCAACGCAACCCCAGGCACCCCGAACGGCAUCGUCGUCCUCGCCGCCGACAUCUCCCCGAUGGACGUCAUCUCGCACAUCCCCGUCCUGUGCGAGGACCACGGCAUCCCAUACGUCUUCAUCACGUCGCGUGCUGAGCUCGGUGCCUCGGCCGCCACGAAACGGCCCACCAGCGUGGUCAUGGUUGUCCCCAAGUCCUCGGGCAAGGGCAAGAAGGACGCUGCCGCCGACGAGGCCGAGUUCACCAAGGUCUACGAGGAGCUGGCCAAGUUGGCGGAGAAGGAGCUCAAGCGCGUGGCUCUGUAAAAAACCAAAAAGACAAAAAAAAAAGCCUACCUACCUCCUCCUUGCCUCUUGGUUUCUGUUUUAAUUUCCUCAUACUGUUUUUUUUUUUCUCUUUCAUAUACAAUUUCCGGUCAUAUGAUCUUGCUGUACAGUUUGCAAUUGCUAUGUGGGAUUCGAUUUCCGAGGCGUUUCACAUUGGUGUAUCAUGGCAGGAUAAAAGAAUAAGAAUAAAUAUAAGCACAAUCAAACCGUACAAAAUAUACUAAAAAGAGUGUUCAAAUAGAGUACAUGGGAGUACAGAGAUGGAAUAGACUACGGAUAUACAAUUCCAUACCAACGCUCAAGACCUAACCAGAAAACAUAACCAUGACAAGACCAUCAGACAAAGAUGAGCUGACCGAGCAUAUCAGCAUCUCCAUCAUCCUGCCACAAGAUACGAAUAAAACCCAUAAAAAAAAAGAAUUAUUGUCCCCUGUUAAGAAGAAACAUACUUCCCCCCAACCAGCUUGCGCA